AUGGAGUUUGAUAGAGUUCAAGCCAUUGCUUCCUUGUCAUUUGACAAAGAAACAAUUCCUGAAGAGUUCAUUCGGCCAGAGAAGGAGCAGCCAGCAGCAACCACAUUUCAUGGCCCAGUCCCUGAAAUUCCCACCAUUGAUCUCAAUGAUCCUAAUCCAGAAAACUUGGUGCGUUUGAUUGCCGAUGCUAGCAAGGAAUGGGGGAUCUUCCAAGUUGUGAACCAUGGAAUCCCAAGCGAUCUCAUUGCCAAACUACAAGAUGUUGGUAAGAAAUUCUUUGAACUCCCUCAAGAAGAGAAAGAGGUGUAUGCUAAGCCUCAUGAUUCAAAGAGCAUUGAAGGGUAUGGAUCGAAAUUGCAGAAUAAUCCUCAAGUAAAGAAAUCUUGGGUUGAUCAUCUCUUUCAUAUCAUUUGGCCUCCUUCUUCCAUCAAUUACCAGUUCUGGCCUAAUAACCCCCCUUCUUACAGGGAAGUCAAUGAGGAGUAUGCAAAGUAUAUGAGGGAGGUGACAGAUAAACUCUUCACAGCCCUCUCUUUAGGGUUAGGGCUUGAAGGCCAUGCAUUGAAAGAAGGUGCCGGUGGUGAAGAAAUCGAAUACAUGCUCAAAAUAAAUUACUAUCCGCCAUGCCCACGUCCUGACCUCACACUGGGGGUGGCGGCCCAUACUGAUCUGUCUGCCCUCACCAUUCUUGUGCCUAACGAGGUCCCCGGAUUGCAGAUCUUCAAGGACGGGAACUGGUUUGAAGCUAAGUACAUUCCUAAUGCCUUGAUCAUUCACAUUGGCGAUCAAAUUGAGAUCCUUAGCAAUGGUAAGUACAAGGCUGUUUUGCACAGAACCACGGUGGCUAAAGAUAAGGCAAGGAUGUCAUGGCCAGUUUUCUUGGAGCCUCCAGGCGAGCUCGUGGUCGGUCCUCUUCCUCACCUCAUCAACGAAGACAAUCCUCCAAAGUUCAAGGCCAAAAAAUUCGAGGAUUACAUGUACUGUAAACUCAAUCAUCUCCCCCAGUAGUCCGACAAUUAAUUUUCAAUAAUAAUAAUAAUAAUAAUAAC